AUGCUGGAUCGUUGUAACAAAACAGCAUUGCUCUUUGGAUGCCUGGCUUGUCUCGUGGUGACCUCUGUUGUAAAUGCAGACGGUCGAGUGUUCGUGUUGGACCUGAGAAACUCCUCCGGCCUGCAAGGCUUCAGAGACGCUGAGGGGGCUUGUGCCUCUCAACAAGCCCACUUGGCAUCAGCCGAGGAGCUCCAUCAUGCUGUGGUGGAGUGUUUCUUCUCCCCAUGCACCCGUGGGUGGCUCUAUGGAGGCACAGUGGGGACCACGGUGUGUAAUGUUGUGGGCAGUGCACUGAAAGCAGUGGACGUGAGAACAGAAAACACCAUAGAGGACACUGCACACCUGGACGCCUUCUGUAUCAAAGACAAAGGUGUGCCGUGCGGUGACCCUCCAUCCUUUCCCAACGCCCGUCUACAGGGGCACACUGGGUAUGACAUGGGAGAUGAGCUGCUGUACACCUGUGUGACAGGUUAUGCAAUGCCCAGUGGACACAGUGCCUUCAGCCUGCUGUGCGACAGCUGUGGAGAGUGGUAUGGACUAGUGGAGAUAUGUGUCAAAGAUGAGACUGAGAGUCCUGUGGACUACGAGGACAAGUUCACCGAUUCCUAUGUCGAGGCAGAGCGCCUCAAUGAGAGACCACAGGAGGCUCAUCAGGAGGUGUACGAGGAGGUACAAAGAGCUGCAUACCCGGAGGAGGGGCGGAGUCAGGAGCAGCAAGAAACAAGCUUCAGUGUCGAAUUAGAGAAGGAGCAUGAAGACCAACAUGGAGAGCAGGGUGUUGAAGGAGAGGUGAUUAUUAGACCAUUUGAAGGAGCUGAAGGAGGAGGAGAAAAAGACGAGGACCGAGCUGUUGAGGACUUCAUAGGCCAUCCGAGGUGGGAGCAGGAGAGGAGGGUGGUGGUCAAGAAUGAUGCAGCCACAGAAGCACCUGUCUCUCUUCUCUCCCAAAAACACCUCUUCUGGUUCCCCUCUGAGGCCUUCCAGGAGGAGGGACAUCCUGUCUCCACCAAUCCAGUCACCCAGACUACACAAAGAGCCUCAGGCGCCCAAUCAGAGGAGAGUAAAGAGCAUGACAGCCAAGAAACGCACCACCACCAGAGUACAGUUGAUGUUGACGACCGCGAUGACGAGCGAGGCGGCUACGCUGAUCCGGACACAGAUGACAGAGAUGAUCACCAUGAGAGCAACCAUGAAGAACUGGAUGCCCAUGACGACAGCCUCCAUGAUGAUCUCGAUGACCACGCCAGUCGCCAUGACAAAGAUGACGAUCAUGUGAAGCAUUACAUUCCAGCUCAGCAUGAGGAUCUGGACAGACCUGACCAAUACGAAGAGCAUGAUGAUCAUGAUGACCAUUACGACAUGGGUGAACACGAAGAGGGCCACAAUCGUGUUCGCAGCCAGGAGUAUGAAGACACUUACGGGGAACAUGAAAGCUAUGAAGAACAUGAUGACGUGACCGGCGAUCGUGGUGAUGACGAUCGAAUACAUCCUGAUGGCUCUGAGGAACAUCCAGACUCUGAUGAUCACCAUGACCACGAUGACCAUGAACACGAUGACCACGCUGACCAUGACCACGAUGACCAUGAACACCAUGACCACGUUGACCAUGAACACCAUGACCAUGAACACCAUGACCAUGAACACCAUGACCAUGACAGCCAUGAAGAUGACAAUGACGGUCAUCAGCAUGUCAUCUUUUCUACAGCAGCAGAUGAACAUCAGAACGGCACCCAGAAGGGAGCAGAAGGAGGGGUCGCCACAGAUGACACCUGGCUGGACGGCUACCCUGUCGUUCCAGAGGAAACAGAAAUUGCUGACUCCACAACAGAAAGUGUAAGACCAGAGGAUACAGACAGGGGGGCCGUUGUCAGGGCAACAGACAAACCUAAUGAGGUGGAAAUUCGUGGACCGGGCCCUCACACCACCCUAGCAGAGGUGGGCGGGUCUCCCACCACAAUGCCUGCCUUAAAUCAAGGGGGAGCAGAGGAGUUGUGGCCUGGAUUCAUCCCCAACGCUGCCCCCUCACAGCCCUCAGACUCUCCCUCGUACUCUGACACCCUGGACUACGACACACAACAGGCAGCUCCCACCCACUUCUGGCAGGGUGACCUUACUGAGCACCCCUUACUCGAUCACAGCCCAGUUCCACCGAUGCACGACGGCAACGACGUAGUGAUGGAAGAGCACACAGUAUACAUUCUGCCUGGUGAGACGGGCGAGAGGGGUGAGAUGGAGGGAGAGAUAGGGGAGGCGAUCUGUACAGGAGACAACUGCCCUCUCCAUCCUCCGAGCUCCUCCAGCCGAGGUCCGACGGUGGCAGCAAUAAUUGUGGCGUUGUGUGCAAUCGCCACGGCGGUUAUCGUUGGGGUGUGGUGUUACCGACGGCAACAGCAGAAGAACUCAGUGUAUGAGAUGAAUGGGAAGGGCCAAAGUCAGACCAGACAGGGCCAACAGAUAGAGAUGCAGCAAAAAGUGUAAGAGUGACGGAUGUGGACAGAGGGACCCUUAUGGAGGAAAGAGACAUUUAGGAGGGAUGGGACGAUUCGGAUGAAUUUGAGAGGAAAGCACAGUCCCUCAUCUUGCUAGAAAUUUGAGAUUUUGGAUAGGUGUGAAUGGAUGAGUUGUGCUACAGCCCUGUUUUGAAGAGCACCUAUGUGAUGUAGAAAAGUGCAUACAACUGUAAGAGCUGAUGCUUAACACAGUGAAACCUGAGUGAAAUGGUGGUAGAUCGAAUUUUAGUCAUCUGCAUUACACCUACCCAAUAUUUUCAAAGCUCUGACAUCUAGCUGGACAUGUGGAGAGGUAUCUUGACUGGACUUAACUCCAGGAACUGAAAAAGGAGACUUUAAGGAUAUAACCAUGUAGGAAAACCACAAGAAGGCAUGCCUGCCCACCUGAAUAUAUGAACUGAGACUUCAAAGCUCUUGGACAAUAGGGUAAACAUUCUGUGUGUUACCUUUUCGUUCAUUGAUUUAACUGCAUUGUUCUCGAUUCCCCAUCUUUUGUCUCUGAGAAUUGUGUUGAUAAGAACUGUAUUCCACUUGUUACUCCAACACUUUGGGCAGGUAGUGACAAAUGAACGACCAGACUUCUGUCGAAACCAGCAAGAACAAAAAAAAGGAUGAUGAUGAUGGUGGUGGUGGUGAUGAGGAUGAUGGUUAGACUCAAUGAGAGGGUCAAAUGAGCGGUACGGGGGGAAGAUGUUAGAAAAUAAGUUUUUUUGUGUUGACAGUUGGCAUCAGUCGGCCAGAUUCAGCCCCUAUGAGUGUGUGUGUCUGCGUGUGUGUGUAUGUGUGUGUGUGUGUCUGUGUGUGUGUGUGUGUGUCAGGUCCGUGCAAUCCGACGGUCAGCGGUAUGUCAUGUUUGCUGACGGGAUUCUGACCAACCAGAGAUCAAACAUUGUGGUGCUGCCAUGACAACAGAGAUAAACUAAAAUCACAACCCUGAAUAUUUUAGUUUAAAUUAAAAUCUGGGUUUGGCUGUUUAUUUUUGGCAUCAUUGGGCAUAAAAUCCAUAAUAUCCUUUCAGCAUAUUGUAGUUCAAGUGGUCUGAGAGAAAACUAGACUUCUGCACCUCCUUUUCGGCCUUCAUCAAGCGUGUGAAUGGACGUUGGCCAAUCACAGGUCAUUUUGGAGAGGGGGGGUUCCCAUUGGCGGUAAUAGCAACAUUUUCUCUCCAUCUCUGAAACGUUUUGUGGAUAUUGUAGUCUCAAAGGCCUUUACAGGCCUACACGUUUGCAAAGAAAACAGGACCGUAAUUCUCAUACAAUUUCUGCUAUAUAACGGCAUCAGGAUGAGGUUUCUAUAUAAAACGUGCCACACUCUUCUGGUGGGAGGAACUAGGA